AAUGGCGUAUACACAAUACAUGGUUAUUCUCUAGAGAGAGAAAGAGAAGGAAGAGAGAGAAAGUGUGGUAUUUCAGAAAGGCUGAGUGAUGCUUUCAUUGCCUGCUCUGAUUUUGAUACCUUCGACAGGGCCAAAAAUGGCGGAUUAAAGCUUCCGAGUUGAGGUUUACCUGCAACAAUCAAGAGAGUUUUUGCAGGAUUUGGCCGCUCUUUGGCACUCUUUCUUAUGAGAUAACAACUCCGAUGCAUUUUGGAGUUUUUGUUUUCGCCUUUCGAAAUCAUCACCAUCACCAUCAUCAUCAGCAUCUUCUUCUUCUUCUUCUUCGACGGUUCUCAACCAAAACCAGUUAAUUGAUGCAGUGAGCCGAUCCUGGUUGUUGGUUUGGAACAAAAAAUUAAUAAUGCUCCUGGAUAAGGCUAAGGAAGAGUAGUAGCUUUUAUGGUUGUUUGAUGGCUAAUUCUGCUUCAGACUCCUACUUACAAGCUGGCUCAUUGGGCAAGCAUAUAAGCAGCUCACUGUUCAGUAUUCCUGGAUUCUUUGCCGGGUUAGGGUCGAAAGGGUCGGUCGACAGUGAUUCACUUAGAAGUCCUACUUCGCCUUUGGAUUUCAGGCUUUUUACCAAUCUAAGCAACCCAUUUGGUUUUAAAUCCUUAUCAUCAGCUGAAACUGAAAGUGGUCGUCAAAGUAAGUUUUUUUCUAGUGAGGUUGGUCUUGGCAUCAUAAAUUCUAUUGCUGUUGAUGACAAUGGACCAACCAGCGAAGCUCGGGAUUCAAACCGGAGGAAGAAUGUCAUUUUUGGACCACAAAUUAAGACUAAGAUCUCUAAAUCCUCGAACCAUUACAUCAAAUCUUUGGGUUCUUCUUUGAAAUCUUAUUCUUUGCCAAGCAAUUAUACAAUCUCGUCACUUUCCAAAGCCAAAAUUCCAAGCUCCAGCUCUGGAGCCAUAAAUAGUGUCUGUGGUAAUGGAGAAUUAUCUGCUUUAGUAUCUGAACCCUUUGAAAAUAAUGCAUCAUUUUUUUCAAAUGCUAGCAGCUUUUCCUCCUCUGGUAUUGUCUUGACUCAAGAUUCUGAUCCAAGUGAUGAAAAUUUUCAAUUGGAAAGUAGCAACUCCAGUUUUCAAGUGAUUAACAGUAGCCCUCAAAGGGAAAAUUCAUUGCCCAUCAAAUCCUGUUCCUUGCCAAUAACUAUUGGCGCAAGCAAUGCAUAUGUAGGCUCUCUUACUGCUAGGGAAAUAGAACUUUCCGAGGACUAUACCUGCAUAAUUUCUCAUGGUCCAAACCCGAAGACAACACGCAUUUUUGGUGACUGUAUUUUGGAAUGUCACACAGAUGAAAAUAUCGAUUCCAGUAAGAUGGAAGAGCCUGGGAUCGAAUCAUCUCCAUUGGGAAGUUUCUCAGAAGGUUUUGAUCGUGGAGUUGUGGAUGCGAACGUGCAAAUCUGUUACUCGUGCAAGAAAGUUUUGAAAGAAGAGCAUGAUAUUUAUUUAUGCAGGGAUGGCAAAGCUUUUUGCAGUUCAAAGUGCAGCUCCGAGGAGAUUUUCGCCGAAGAUAAAAUCGACAAGACUUCCAAAGAUGAUAGUGAAAGCUCUGCAGCCUCAAGCUACCAUGAAGAUCUCUUCAUGAUGGGUCUCCCUUUUGCUCUAUGACAGAGAGAUAUAGUUUCAUUUCACACCCUCCCACUGGCCGUGUUCGGUGAGACGACACGGCAGGAAGAGGAGGAUCAUCUGUUUACUAAGAGCUGUCUGUGUAAAUCGGUCUGCAGCCAUGGAUGAUCGCAGAGUUUACCGUUUUUCCAUUUUCUGCUUUCCUGGUGUUGGUGAGUCUUGAGUAGAAAAGAUGAGAGAUUUUGGUGCAUAUAGAUAUGAUAGUAUAUCUAUCUGUUUUGAUUGUUCAUUGAAGAUUUUGAUUAAACCUUGUUAAUCCUGGAGAUCAUUUUGUUGUUGUAUCUCAAAGGCUUUGUUGACUAGAAUAAAAAAAAAUUGUGUUUGAAAACAGUUUUGAUUGGAAACAAGCACAGGAAAGUUCUGGCA